CCACCUAUAAUGAAACAUGAAAACACGCUGUGAACGAGUCCUCCGGCCUGGUGAAAUCGUCAUCUACAACCUGUAGACUUAGUUGUUCUGUUGAAACGCCGUGUUUCUGAUUACCUCUCAAUUAACCAGUUCUUGAUAGUACCUUUUUUGUUUUCUUCAAAACUGUCUCCUCAAAAUGCCGAUUAAUUUGGGUCUUACGCGUAUGUUAAAGCUGCUAAAGCUCUUGGGAAAUCCACAAGAGUCAUUUUUGGCUGUUCAGGUCGCUGGAACAAACGGAAAGGGAAGCAUUUGUACUUACAUUUACACAUCACUCUUACAAGCAUCCUACAAAGUUGGUCGUUACACAAGUCCGUACUUCGUAGACCCCCGAGACAGUAUUUCUAUCAAUGGAUCAAAAGCUAGCAAAGUUCUGUUUAACGAGUGCUGGAACAAGGUGAACGAGACGAAUCUUCGCCAUCAUACUGAAGCUACGGAAUUUGAGUUGCUUACUGCUACAGCGUUUGAGUGCUUUCAUCGGUCCAAUGUUCGCAUUGCAGUCAUCGAGACGGGUCUUGGUGGACGAUUGGACGCAACAAACGUGUUUGAGGAGCCACUUGUGUCUGUACUCGCCAAGAUUGGUCUUGAUCACCAGUUCUUCUUGGGAAAUACGCUUGCUGAAAUUGCAAGAGAGAAAGCCGGAAUCAUGAAAGCCAAAGUUCCUUGCGUCAUUGAUGGUACAAACGAUCCUACCGUUUUGGAUGCUGUGCGUCAAGUGGCCGAGUCGUUGUCUGCCGGUCCUGUGCAUGCUGUUACGGCCCAACCGGUCAAGGACGAUGAACACAAAUGGAUCGUCAACACGCCCAACUGGGGUGAAAACGUUUAUGAAACGAGUCUUAACGGAGCUUACCAAGGCGCUAAUCUGGCAUGUGCCGUUACUGCACUUGAUAUUAUCUCCAACUCUGUUCCACUCAUGCUUCCUCACGUUGUAGCCGGUUUAAAGCACACACACUGGCCGGGACGUCUUGACAUUCAAGAACUUCCUGACGUGGGCAGAAUUGUCUUUGAUGGUGCGCACAAUGAAAAUGCCGCCAUUGAGCUUUCUAAGUAUAUUGAGGAGCACCGUAAACCCGGUCAGUCAGUUACAUGGGUAAUGGCUUUCACCUCAACAAAGGAUGUUCUGGGGAUUAUUAAGACUCUUGUGAAGCCUGGCGAUUGUAUUGCCGCUACUACUUUUCCAGAUGUUGCGGGUAUGCCGUGGAUUCAUGCAAAGCCAACUGCGUCUAUCGCCAAAAUUGCCGCCUCUCUCAAUCUUCCCUGUGAGGAAUUCUCCGACAAUUGGCACGGAGCCAUCGAUUACGCGGUUGAGAGAACCCCAAACAAUGUGAUUGUUUGUGGUAGCUUGUACCUUCUCGGCCGUGUAUUCCUGUAUUAUGGAUUAGAAUGAAAAAUGUGAAGGAAACGAACAAUGGUCCACAAUGGAGUUACGCACGAUUAAACAACCCCUUAGAACAAUAAAUUAUUUGAUCUUUUUGGAUUUUUAUGAAAUUAUGUUUUCGUUCAGCAAGUCUCGUUUUCCCUGUCAAAGAUUACUGCCGCUUAAACUAAAUAAAGUUGAUCGCAAUCUUAUCUUAUCUUAUCGAGACCUACUCCUG